CUAACUUUUCUUCCUGCCCGGGACCGUGCAGACGGUAACAGCGCCCCGGCUCCCUCCGUGACUCGGGCUGCGCUUUCCCAGGCUCUGGGUCGCUGGGGGCUGCUAAGGAAGGGGAGGGGGUGGGCAGAGCAGACACUUGUUUCCUGUUCUCAGUGAAGACCAGGCCCAGGAUUUAAGGGAACUCGGGGGACCCAGGAGCAACUUCCUGAGAGCAAGGAUCUUAAAGUAGGUUAGAAAUCAAAAGCAAGAACCAGCUGAGCCAGAGUGAGGUGCAGGCUGGAGGCAAACGCGAGGGGAGGAGGAGCUUUGUCUGGGCCAGGAGUUCUAUGUCUGUAAGGAAACUUUGGAGAGGGGUGGUUCCUGUCUGGAAUGAGGGAUAGAAAUGGGCUGAGACUAAAGGCAGAGAUGCCCGAGGGGAGAUGGGGCCCUGUCAGCCCUGGGAGCUGCUGGGUGAGCUCAGAUAAUGCAGCACUGAGAGCACUGGCAGGCAUAAGACUGGUCCUUGGCUUGGAGUGGUGGAGGGAGGUCUGGAAUAACAGGCCAGCUUUCCCGAAAAAGACCUGAAACAAUGUUACAAAGUAAGUGGAGAGCAGGUUUGCGUGGCUGAGGUUGGAAGCAGUGGCAGCAUUUCGUUAUGGAGAUGUCAAGUUGAAAGUGGCUGCUUCUCCUUCAUUUAUUAUUUAUGCCAGCCUCAGAGGCAGCCCAGAUCAAAGUCACAGCAGAGAAAGUGAUAAAACCAUUAAAACUCAGCUAAAGGAACCCAGUGGCGAGGGAAGAAAGGCAGAAGGGAGCGGGUAAUUAUUCCUGGAAAAUCUGGGCUCCAAAAAGCCCCUGGAAAUGAGCUUGCUGGCAGCCAAAGGGGAGAAAAAGAUGCCUAAAAACAGAACGUUUGCCUGGAACUGAAGACAGAGGGAUUUGUGAAGCCUCUGGGGAAAGGCAAGAGGGGGCAGGAGAUAAAAUGCAACCACUCUGGUUGGGAUUUUCCUUGCUAGAGAAGAGCUGGAAGCCAGGCCAGGCCUUCAACCAUGCUGACACCUGAGGGAGGGCUGGGCCUCUCCUGGGAGAAGGCUCCUCCUUAGCUGCUUUGGAGCAAGUGGCACAUGGGAGGGGUGAAGGACAGCGGCUUCCCAUUCCCAUCAUUCUUCUUGUAGGGAAACAGGACAGAAGUGGUCCUAAGUCACCAAGGCUCUGGCCUUCCCUCCCAAGAUGAGGUGGGGCCGUCAUUUGCCUAGAGCCUCUGGUCUGGGAAGAACACUGCAGCCACCAGAUAAGCGCAUCCCCUUCCUGACCCACUGGAGAUGGUCCCUUAAAGGACAUCGCCCUUUGGGGCCCUUCAGGGCAUUUUCAAGUCACCAAGAGAGCUCAGCGGACAGUCCUCCCCCACUAGGGAGGCAUGGACAGCUGUUCCGGAGUGUCUCUGCAGCUGAAGCUAUUCAGCGGCAUCGCCGGAAUCUGGCUGAGUGGUUCACGCGGCUUCCCAGGGAGGAGCGCCAGUUUGGCCCAACCUUUGCUCUUGACACGGUGCACGUUGACCCUGUGAUCCAAGAGAGCACCCCCGAUGAGCUGCUGCGUCCAUCUGCGGAGCUGGUCCUAGAGCACCAGCGGCCCCCGGCUAGGCUUCCCCCUCUGGCUCUGGCUCAGCUCUUUGACCCGGAUGCCUGUGGGCGCCGGGUGCAGACGGUGGUGCUGUAUGGGACAGUGGGCACAGGCAAGAGCACGCUGGUGCGCAAGAUGGUCCUGGACUGGUGUUACGGGCGACUGCCUGCCUUCGAGCUGCUCAUCCCUUUCUCCUGCGAGGAUCUGUCAUCCCUGGGCCCCACUCCCACCUCCUUGUCCCAGCUUGUGGCUCAGCGAUACACACCGCUGAAGGAAGUUCUGCCCCUGAUGGCUGCCACCGGGUCCCGAUUGCUCUUUGUGCUCCAUGGCUUAGAGCGGCUCAACCUUGACUUCCGGCUGGCAGGCACAGGACUUUGUAGUGACCCUGAGGAGCCUGGGGCCCCAGCUGCCAUCAUCGUCAACCUACUGCGCAAGUACAUGCUGCCUGAGGCCAGCAUUCUGGUGACCACCCGUCCCUCCGCCAUAGGCCGCAUCCCCAGCAAGUAUGUGGGCCGCUACGGUGAGAUCUGCGGCUUUUCAGAUACCAACCUGCAGAAGCUCUACUUCCAGCUCCGUCUCAACCAGCCGGACUGUGGGUAUGGCGCCGGCGGUGCAAGUAUCUCUGCCACCCCAGCUCAGCGAGACAACCUGGUGCAGAUGCUCUCCCGAAAUCUGGAGGGGCACCACCAGAUCGCUGCCGCCUGCUUUCUGCCCUCCUAUUGCUGGCUGGUCUGUGCUACCCUGCACUUCCUACAUGCCCCCACGCCGGCUGGCCAAACCCUCACAAGCAUCUACACCAGCUUCCUGCGCCUCAACUUCAGUGGGGAAACGCUGGAUAGCACGGACUCUUCCAAUUUGUCCCUGAUGGCCUAUGCAGCCCGAACCAUGGGCAAGUUAGCCUACGAGGGAGUGUCUUCCCGCAAGACUUAUUUCUCUGAAGAGGAUGUCCGAGGCUGCCUGGAGGCUGGCAUCAGGACAGAAGAGGAGUUUCAGCUUCUGCACAUCUUUCGCCGAGAUGCCCUGAGGUUCUUCCUGGCACCAUGUGUGGAGCCAGGGCACCUAGGCACCUUCGUGUUCACCGUGCCGGCCAUGCAGGAAUACCUGGCAGCCCUCUACAUUGUGCUGGGUUUGCGCAAGACCACCCUGCAGCGGGUGGGCAAGGAAGUGGCUGAGCUGGUGGGCCGCGUCGGGGAGGAUGUCAGCCUGGUGCUAGGGAUUGUGGCCAAACUGUUGCCUCUGCGGAUUCUUCCUUUGCUCUUCAACUUGCUCAAGGUUGUUCCUCAAGUGUUUGGGCGCAUGGUGGGGAAGAACCGUGAGGCCGUGGCCCAGGCCAUGGUGCUGGAGAUGUUCCGAGAGGAAGACUACUAUAAUGAUGAUGUUCUGGAUCAGAUGGGUGCCAGUAUCCUGGGGGUGGAGGGCCCCCGGCGUCACCCAGAUGAGCCCCCCGAGGACGAGGUUUUUGAGCUCUUCCCCAUGUUCAUGGGGGGCCUCCUGUCUGCCCACAAUCGAGCCGUGCUGGCUCAGCUUGGCUGCCCCAUCAAGAACCUGGAUGCCCUGGAGAAUGCCCAGGCCAUUAAGAAGAAGCUGGGCAAGCUGGGCCGGCAGGUGCUGCCCCCCUCAGAGCUCCUGGACCACCUCUUCUUCCACUACGAGUUCCAGAACCAGCGCUUCUCUGCCGAGGUGCUCAGCUCCCUGCGCCAGCUGAACUUGGCGGGCGUGCGCAUGACACCCCUCAAGUGCACGGUGGUGGCAGCUGUGCUGGGCAGCGGGAAGCAUGCCCUGGAUGAGGUGAACUUGGCCUCCUGCCAGCUCGACCCUGCUGGGCUGCGCACGCUCAUGCCGGUCUUGCUGCGUGCCCGGAAGCUGGGCUUACAACUCAACAACUUGGGCCCCGAAGCCUGCAGGGACCUCCGAGACCUGCUGCUGCAUGACCAGUGCCAAAUCAACACGCUGCGGCUGUCCAACAACCGGCUGACAGAGGCGGGGGUCGCCCUGCUGAUGGAGGGCCUGGCAGGAAAUACCUCACUGACACACCUGUCCCUGCUGCACACGGGCCUUGGAGAUGAGGGGCUGGAGCUGCUGGCUGCCCAGCUGGACCGAAACCAGCAGCUGCAGGAGCUGAAUGUGGCCUACAACGGUGCAGGCGAUAUGGCAGCCCUGGCUUUGGCCAAGGCAGCCCGGAAGCAUCCGUCCCUCGAGCUGCUGCACCUCUACUUCAACGAACUGAGCUCAGAGGGCCGCCAGGUCCUGCGAGAUUUGGCAGGUGCUGCGGAGGGGGGUGCCCGGGUUGUGGCAUCGCUGACAGAAGGGACGGCAGUGUCCGAGUACUGGUCUGUGAUCCUCAGCGAGGUCCAGCGGAACCUCAACAGCUGGGACUGGGCCCGGGUCCGGCGCCACCUCGAGCUGCUGUUACGGGAUCUGGAAGACAGCCGCGGUGCCACCCUUAAUCCUUGGCGCAAAGCCCAGCUGCUGCGAGUGGAAGGCGAGGUCAAGGCCCUCCUGGAGCAGCUGGGAGAGUCUGGAAGUUGAGACCUAGUUAUGGGACCACCGGCCCUCAAACCCCUUCCCUCUGAGCCCACCCCCCCUUGUGGUACUCUUUCCAGAAAGAUCCCUUUAGGGCUGGAAGCAAGGCAGUGGAGCACAGCUGUACCAGCUACCCCCCUACCCCCACCCUGGGGCAAGUCCAACAAGGACCCCUAAGCUUGGAAUUUCCAGGGUCAAAUAUAGUGAGUGGAUUGCCAGAGGAGGUGGCUCAUGCCUAUAAUCUAGUACUUGGAAGUCUGAGGCAGGAGAAUAGCAGGUUCAGGGUCAUUUGGGCUACAUUAUGAGACUCUAUCUCAAAAACCAAAGACAAAAACAAAAGCAAACCAAGCCAACAACCAAUCUGCCAAAAUCAAACCAAAACAAAUACAGAGAAUGGGUUUCGUGGUUGUGGAAAUGGAUCAGGCCUCUUCUCCCUUUGGUCAGAAGGCACUCAAGUGACCCGAGUGUGUCUAACACCCACCAAGAACUUGACUCUGCCUAGCUCGGUGCCUCUGGUAGUGCCACUCAGGGCUCACCUCUCCUGUCUGACAAGCCAGAGAUGUGUAGAAGGGCUUCCUUGUCCUGCCUGAUGCUCACCUGUGCACUCUGAGCAUACCCUCACUUGGUGCUUUCCCUCACCCCCAUGCUCCUGUAUUGCACUGGUACAAUGCCCCAAGGGCUGCUAGCACCUGACCUGCUGCUAUUAAAAAGCUGUGUGUGCUCUA